UGCCGGUCGCGCCCGCUCCUGCGCAAAUGAGAUCUACUAGCUUUUGACCAGGCUUCAGGCGACGCGCAAUUCCCCUUCUCAUCACAUCUCUCGCUCAAGCCAUCGUCCGUGAAUCGAGCCGAUUGUUCACUUUCCCUCAUCCUCCAAAAGAGUCACAAUCCACCACCAACGCCUUUUGAUCAUGAGCGGUCAAGAAGAUUUCUCGAAGCGCAAGCUUUGGGGUGGUCGCUUUACAGGCACGACCGAUCCCAUCAUGCACGCGUACAAUGAGUCCCUCUCCUACGAUCAGCGCAUGUGGGCGCAAGAUAUCCGAGGUUCACAAGCCUACGCUAGAGCCUUGGUAGGGUGCGGUAUCCUGACUGCCGAAGAACGAGAUCAGAUCGUCGCUGGUCUGGACAGGGUGGGGGAGGAAUGGAAAGCUGGGAAAUUCCAAGCUGCUCCGGAUGAUGAGGAUAUUCAUACUGCCAAUGAGCGAAGACUCAAAGAGAUCAUUGGUGCUGUGGCUGGGAAGCUGCACACUGGUAGGAGCAGAAAUGAUCAGGUGGCUACGGACAUGAGACUUUGGCUCAUCGAUGAGGCUGCCAAGCUGGAGACUCUGCUUAUCCAACUCAUCGAUGUCAUGGUCAAGAGGGCCAAAGCAGAGAUUGAUGCGCUCAUGCCCGGCUACACUCACCUUCAAAGGGCCCAACCCAUCCGCUGGUCGCACUUGCUCCUCUCGCACGCCUCCUACCUAUCCUCGGACCUAUCGCGUUUGAGAGAUCUGAGACCUCGUAUCAGCGUCCUUCCGCUCGGAAGCGGACCAUUGGCCGGCAAUCCUUUCAGUCCAGACAGAGUCGCCAUCGCCAAGGAUCUCGGCUUCCUCUCGGUCGGGCCAAACAGCAUGUACAACGUCAGCGAUAGGGACUUUGUAGUGGAGACGCUCAUGUGGGCCAGUUUGACUGCUGUGCACCUCAGCAAGCUUGCAGAAGACUUUAUCAUCUACUCUAGCGCCGAAUUUGGAUUCAUGACACUUUCGGACGCAUAUAGCACGGGCUCUUCCAUCAUGCCUCAAAAGAAGAAUCCAGAUAGCCUGGAACUUCUUCGAGGCAAGAGCGGACGCAUCUUUGGUCAAAUGGCAGGGUUCAUGAUGACGCUCAAGGGCAUUCCGUCGACGUACAACAAGGAUCUGCAAGAGGACAAGGAACCUCUCUUCGAUGCUGUGGACACCAUUGGACGCGGCACACAGAUCGCUACAGGUGUCAUCUCUACGCUCGAGAUUCAUCCUGCCAAGAUGCGUGCUGCAUUGACGCCGGACAUGCUCGCGACGGACCUGGCCGAGUACUUGGUCCGCAAAGGCAUCCCUUUUCGUGAGACGCAUCACGUUUCCGGAUCAGCAGUCAGACUCUCCGAGGAGCGCAAAUGCAAAUUAUCCGAUUUGACCUUGGAAGAUUUCAAGACUCUGCAUCCCGCUUUUGAAGAAGACGUGGCCAAGGUCUGGAGCUUUGAUGAGAGUGUGGAGAGGAGAGAUGCAAUUGGAGGGACCAGCAAGAGGGCGGUACUUGAGCAGUGCGAUACGCUCGAGAAGAACUUGAAAGCGCAGUAAGAGGUGGGAAAGAUUGUCACAAGAUAGAUUACAGAGAGUGAUGCGAGCAAACGUAAUACAACAAGCGUAUUCCAGCAUGC